UUCUGAAGAAAUACAGAGCUGGAAAGGACAACUUGCUCCUCAUCUUUGGUUCCCUCCAUUUGCAUUAUUACCUGCUUGGGGAAUAGAUAUCAUCCCAAGACAUGCUUUUAAUUUAAACCUUCAUUACUUCCUUUCAAGAUGAGUAAUCAGGAGGUGACUUAUUCAAACUCAAGAGUUUUUGGGUCUUCUUCAGAGGCACAGAAUCCAGCCAUUCCUGAGGAGACUCGAGGUCCCCAAGAGGUUGGACACAAAGUGCCUCUCGCGGUCCUUUGCUUACUUUUGAUGAUGGCAAUCUCAGUGUGGCUGGUAUACAUUUUUCAGUACAGACAAGAGAAACAUAAUCAGGAGAAGAUUAUAAACAACCUCUACCAAAAAUAUUACAGCAUUAAAAAUGACAGCUACUUAAAAGAACAAAAUUUUAAUAAUAAGUCUACAGAGUGUGAUGCCCUCAAAGAUCGUCUGAACUCUGUCAACAGAGAAUGGAAGACAUGCUAUGGGGAAACUAAGAUUGUUUUAGAUUGCAUACAGCGCACAGGCAAACAUGUUGAAGGACACUGGUUUUGCUGUGGCAAAAAAUGUUAUUAUUUCAUCAUGGAUAAUAAACGCUGGCAUGGAUGUAAACAGACCUGCAGGGACUGCAGCUUAUCCCUUUUGAAGAUAGAGGAUGAUGAUGAGCUGAUAUUCCUUAAGUCCCAACUUCAUCCAAAGAGUUACUGGAUUGGAUUGUCAUAUGAUAGGAAGGAAAAAGAAUGGGAAUGGAUUGACGAUGGCCCAUCUAAACUUGAUUUGACAUGGCUGAAAUCAGUACACGAUACAGGAGACUGUGCAUUUCUCAAUUCAAAAGGUGUACAUGAUGAGGACUGUGGUAAAACCCAUGGCUGCAUAUGUGAAAAGAGAGUGGAGAAAUUCCCUGGUUCAGUGUGUAUUGUAAGGUCUGAGUUGGCUGUGCAAGUUGAGUGAGGAGCUGGAAAGGGAAGAUAUUCUUCUGAAAUCUGACUUAAUAGAUUGGAAGCCAACUUCCUUGCAAGUACACAGAACAGCUGUGUCUGGAGAACAGAGCCCUUUGCUCCUAGCCCUGAGGAAACACUUUUAUGAAUGAGGCACAGAACCAAACACAAACCCUGAUAAUAGUACACAUAUCUCAUCAUUACUAGGACAAAUCAUUUCUAUGACUUUGACAGCAUAAAUAACUAUUUCUCUUUCUUUCUUAAUUGGUUGUUUAGCAUUUGAUAUUUUUGCAGGUAAAAGUAUUUAUCUUUAAAAAGCAUUUAUUUUCUGUAAAAUAUAAUUUCAGACUUGAUGAAGUUGCCAAACUAGCUCAAUGAUCCCAUGUAACCUUCUGUAGUCCAAAUGUUCUAACCCCACUUCUUUGAUCUGUUUGAUGAUAAGUUGAAACCCCAUAGAUACUAAUUUAAGAUGGAUAUGGUGUCUCAGUCUUAUAAUUGUAUAUAUGCAUGAGUUUGAUGGCUGUGUAACCUACAUAGUUAAAUUUUUGGCCAUCAACUGCUAUAGAGAUUCUGCUUCAUGAAACCUAAUAAUCAUGAUAGUGAUAAUAAUAUUAAUAAACUCUGAAUAAAUACUUUCUAAAGAGAAGCAAUUUCUUUCACAACAUCAUACUGAGAUAAAUGAAACUCAAGAAAUGUAGUAUUGAUAUAGUAGUAUGUUCUAAUCUAUAAUCCAUAUUCAUAUUUGUCAUUUUCUGAAUUAUAUCACUGUUGAUAUUUUCCUAUGGUUAGGACCAUGCAAUGAUUUCAUUUGUAAUGUUCUUUAGUCCUGAAAUGGUUACUGACUUAUGUUUUUUUCAACAUUAAAAUGGUAAAAUACUG